AUGUAUUUUCUAUCCUCUGACAAAAACGCUAGUAACAGUCACAUCUUCAUUGAUGACAGCAAGACUUGGAGAGAGGCUCAAGACCACUGCCGGGGUACGUACACAGACCUGGCCAGCAUACGGUCCAGAGAGGAAAACCAUCACGUCCAGAACAUGUCACUGUCCCAGAGCAUGUGGAUUGGUCUCUUCAAAGACCCAUGGAAGUGGUCAGAUGGGAGCAACUCCUCAUACCGCUUCUGGAAGACCAAUCAGACUAACAACUUCAGAGGGGACCAGAACUGUACUUCUCUUAUACUCAACGAUAACAAGUGGAAUGUCCAGUGGUGCAACAUCAGUUGGGGGUUUGUCUGCCAUGGUGAAAUGAAGCGACCAACUACCCAGAUGCCACCUACAACUCCUCCCACAGCUACUGUGCCACAAACAACUCCUCCCACAGCUACUGUGCUUGCCACUGCUGAACAGUCAACUACAGAUGAAGUAACACCUAAGCUAACAACUACCCAUUUUGUGCAGAUCCAACAUAUUCUUUUAGAUCUUUUACCAACCUCUGACCAAGCAACUACUGUAGGCUUACCUGUUCAAAACACUCCAUCUACACCAGUACCAACUACUGUAGGCUUACCUGUUCAAAACACUCCAUCUACACCAGUACCAACUACUGUAGGCUUACCUGUUCAAAACACUCCAUCUACACCAGUACCAACUACUGUAGGCUUACCUGUUCAAAACACUCCAUCUACACCAGUACCAACUACUGUAGGCUUACCUGUUCAAAACACUCCAUCUACACCAGUACCAACUACUGUAGGCUUACCUGUUCAAAACACUCCAUCUACACCAGUACCAACUACAUUCACUACCACAGACCAAGGUUCAAUUGAACAGUUAACUACAAAACACCUAACUACCGAACAUGGAACUACUGUUAAAAAACCAACUACAUUCAAUACCACAGUAAAUGUUACUGAACAUUUGACUACUGAACGCCUAACGUCUGACCAAGCGACUAUUGUACCUGUUCAAAGCAAUAUCGCUAUGCCUGUACCAGCUUCAUUGAUUUCCUCAGAACAUGCUUCAACUGAACAGUUAGCUAAUGAACACCUAACCUCUGACCCAGCAACUCCUGUACCUGUUCAAAGCAAUAUCUCAAUGCCUGUAGCAACUACAUUAACUAGAGAGCAAGCAACUACUGGUUACAUACAUACAAGCGCUACUUUCAAUACCACAGUGCGGGUUUCUACCGAACACACAAGCUCUGAUCAAGCAAUUACUGCACCUGUCCAAAAUACUCCCUCUACACCUGUACCAACUAUAUUCACUACCACAGAGCAAGUGACUACUAGUUACAUACCUACAAGUGCUAUGACUGCACCUGUCCAAAACACUCCCUCAUCGUCUGGACAAACUACAUUCAAUUCCACAGAACAUACUUCACCAGAACAGUUAACUACUGAACACCUAACCUCUGACCCACUGACUACUGUACCUGUUCAAAAACAAACUACAUCCAAUACCAUAGUGCGUGUUUCUACUGAACAGAUGUCGACGAGACUCCAAACCUCUGACCCACUGACUACUGUACCUGUUAAAAAACAAACUACAUCCAAUACCACAGUGCAUGUUUCUACUGAACAGAUGUCGACGAGACUCCUAACCUCUGACCCACUGACUACUGUACCUGUUCAAAACACGACCUCAAUGCCUGUACCAACUACAUCCAAUACCACAGUGCGUGUUUCUACUGAACACCUAACCUCUGACCCACUGACUACUGUACCUGUUCAAAACACGACCUCAAUGCCUGUACCAACUACAUCCAAUACCACAGUGCGUGUUUCUACUGAACAGCUGUCUACCAGACUCCUAACCUCUGACCCAGUGACUACUGUACCUGUUCAAAAACCAACUACAUCCAAUACCACAGUGCGUGUUUCUACUGAACAGCUGUCUACCAGACUCCUAACCUCUGACCCAGUGACUACUGUACCUGUUCAAAAAACAACUACAUCCAAUACCACAGUGCGUGUUUCUACUGAACACCUAACCUCUGACCCAGUGACUACUGUACCUGUUCAAAACACUCCUUCUACACCUAUACCAACUACAUCCAAUACCACAGUGCGUGUUUCUACUGAACAGCUGUCUACCAGACUCCUAACCUCUGACCCACUGACUACUGUACCUGUUCAAAACACGACCUCAAUGCCUGUACCAAUUACAUCCAAUACCACAGUGCGUGUUUCUACUGAACACCUAACCUCUGACCCACUGACUACUGUACCUGUUCAAAACACGACCUCAAUGCCUGUACCAACUACAUCCAAUACCACAGUGCGUGUUUCUACCAGACUCCUAACCUCUGACCCAGUGACUACUGUACCUGUUCAAAACACGACCUCAAUGCCUGUACCAACUACAUCCAAUACCACAGUGCGUGUUUCUACUGAACAGCUGUCUACCAGACUCCUAACCUCUGACCCAGUGACUACUGUACCUGUUCAAAAAACAACUACAUCCAAUACCACAGUGCGUGUUUCUACUGAACAUCUAACCUCUGACCCAGUGACUACUGUACCUGUUCAAAACACUCCUUCUACACCUGUACCAAUUACAUCCAAUACCACAGUGCGUGUUUCUACUGAACACCUAACCUCUGACCCAGUGACUACUGUACCUGUUCAAAAAACAACUACAUCCAAUACCACAGUGCGUGUUUCUACUGAACACCUAACCUCUGACCCACUGACUACUGUACCUGUUCAAAACACGACCUCAAUGCCUGUACCAACUACAUCCAAUACCACAGUGCGUGUUUCUACUGAACACCUAACCUCUGACCCACUGACUACUGUACCUGUUCAAAACACGACCUCAAUGCCUGUACCAACUACAUCCAAUACCACAGUGCGUGUUUCUACUGAACAGCUGUCUACCAGACUCCUAACCUCUGACCCAGUGACUACUGUACCUGUUCAAAAAACAACUACAUCCAAUACCACAGUGCGUGUUUCUACUGAACACCUAACCUCUGACCCAGUGACUACUGUACCUGUUCAAAACACUCCUUCUACACCUAUACCAACUACAUCCAAUACCACAGUGCGUGUUUCUACUGAACAGCUGUCUACCAGACUCCUAACCUCUGACCCACUGACUACUGUACCUGUUCAAAACACGACCUCAAUGCCUGUACCAACUACAUCCAAUACCACAGUGCGUGUUUCUACUGAACACCUAACCUCUGACCCACUGACUACUGUACCUGUUCAAAACACGACCUCAAUGCCUGUACCAACUACAUCCAAUACCACAGUGCGUGUUUCUACUGGACACCUAACCUCUGACCCACUGACUACUGUACCUGUUCAAAACACGACCUCAACGCCUGUACCAACUACAUCCAAUACCACAGUGCGUGUUUCUACCAGACUCCUAACCUCUGACCCAGUGACUACUGUACCUGUUCAAAACACGACCUCAAUGCCUGUACCAACUACAUCCAAUACCAGAGUGCGUGUUUCUACUGAACACCUAACCUCUGACCCAGUGACUACUGUACCUGUUCAAAACACUCCUUCUACACCUAUACCAACUACAUCCAAUACCACAGUGCGUGUUUCUACUGAACAGCUGUCUACCAGACUCCUAACCUCUGACCCACUGACUACUGUACCUGUUCAAAACACGACCUCAAUGCCUGUACCAACUACAUCCAAUACCACAGUGCGUGUUUCUACUGAACACCUAACCUCUGACCCACUGACUACUGUACCUGUUCAAAACACGACCUCAAUGCCUGUACCAACUACAUCCAAUACCACAGUGCGUGUUUCUACUGGACACCUAACCUCUGACCCACUGACUACUGUACCUGUUCAAAACACGACCUCAACGCCUGUACCAACUACAUCCAAUACCACAGUGCGUGUUUCUACCAGACUCCUAACCUCUGACCCAGUGACUACUGUACCUGUUCAAAACACGACCUCAAUGCCUGUACCAACUACAUCCAAUACCACAGUGCGUGUUUCUACUGAACACCUAACCUCUGACCCAGUGACUACUGUACCUGUUCAAAACACUCCUUCUACACCUUUACCAACUACAUCCAAUACCACAGUGCGUGUUUCUACUGAACAGCUGUCUACCAGACUCCUAACCUCUGACCCAGUGACUACUGUACCUGUUCAAAAAACAACUACAUCCAAUACCACAGUGCGUGUUUCUACUGAACACCUAACCUCUGACCCAGUGACUACUGUACCUGUUCAAAACACGACCUCAAUGCCUGUACCAACUACAUCCAAUACCACAGUGCGUGUUUCUACUGACACCUAA